AUGCAGAGCGCCGACCAACUUCUCCAACGGCUACCUCCGUCGCUGACGUCCCUUAUGAAUUUGAAGCAAGGAGCCAUCGUCCUUGUUGCGACGUGGGCGAUAUGGAGACUCUUGAAGACUCUCACAGCUAAGGACCCACUGAGCGUUGUUCCGGGUCCGAAAUCCGAGCAUUGGUACUUUGGAAACCUUUUGAAAUUGUUCACACCUGGCUAUCGGGACUACAUGGACAUGCUUGCGGGAGAUUACCCACGUCUUGCGAGAAUACCAAGUGUAGGAGGCGCGUCUAUGCUUUAUACGGCUGAUCCCAAGGCCAUGUAUUCCGUCCUCGUGAAGGACUCGAGCAGCUGGGACGUGACCCCCGACUUCAUUCGAACCAAUCUCCUUAUGUUUGGUCCAGGACUUUUGGCCACAGUGGAUGAGCAACACCGCAAGCAGCGUAAACUGCUAAAUCCAGUGUUUUCCAUCGCGCACAUGCGGGAGAUGAUUCCGACGUUCUAUGAAGUUGCACACAGGCUCCGAGACUCUAUUAGCACGACAGUUUCCGCAGGGGAAACUGAAAUGAAUAUGUUGGAAUGGACGACCCGCACCGCACUGGAACUGAUCGGCCGGAGUGGACUUGGAACGUCAAUCGAUUCCCUCGAACCAGAAGGAAAGCCUCAUCCUUAUGCGACGAGUAUCAAGAACCUUAUGCAAGCCAUGGUUCCUUUAACGUUCUCCCGCUUCGCCGUCCUACCCAAGGUUGUCAACAUUGGGACACCUCAAUUCCGCAGAUGGGUGGUCGACAUGUUGCCCUGGGGAAAUCUGCAGAAGCUGGUGCGCCUUAUCGACAUCAUGCACAACACCUCUAUGGAGAUAUACGCAAGAAAGAAGAAAGCCUUGGUAGGUGGCGAUGGGGUUGCUCACGAGGAGGCAGAUCAAGGAAAAGACAUCAUAAGUAUUCUAUUGAGAGAAAACAUGGCCGCUUCGGAGGAAGACAGGCUUCCAGAACAUGAAGUCCUCGGUCAAAUGUCGACUAUUACCUUUGCUGCAAUGGACACGUCUUCCAAUGCCUUGUCGAGGAUUCUUUACCUUCUCAGCGAGUGUCCAGAGGUCCAGCAGCGCCUCCGCGCGGAGAUUCUCGACGCAAAGCAACACAAUGGCGACUCCGACCUCAGUUACGACGAAUUGGUUCAAUUGCCCUAUCUGGAUGCUGUGUGCCGUGAAACAUUGCGAUUGUACCCGCCGCUCCCAUUGGUCAUUCGAGAAUCAACCCAAGACACCAUUUUGCCCGUCUCUAAACCUAUAAUUACGACCAAAGGUGCAGUUGCCUCCGAGGUGCAUGUCCCCAAAGGCACGCCUAUCGUCAUCGCCAUAUACUCUUCCAAUACCGACCCAGAACUGUGGGGACCUGACGCGAAAGAAUGGAAACCAGAGAGGUGGCUGGAACCCCUUCCUGAACAGCUGACCAGUGCGAAGAUUCCAGGCAUCUACUCCCAUCUCAUGACUUUUAUUGGUGGUGGUCGCUCGUGUAUCGGGUUCAAAUUCUCUCAGCUAGAAAUGAAGGUCGUCCUUUGCGCCUUGUUGGAAUCAUUCAGGUUCAGUCCCACAGACAAGAAGGUUAUCUGGCUGAACAAUGGGAUUGUACAACCUGCUGUGGAGGAGCCGGAAAGCAACGGAAGUCCCCGUCUACAAUUGCCCUUGAAGGUUUCUCUGCUCUGA